AAACGCGAUAUUAAUUUCCAAAUACGGACUCAUUCAAAAAGAUUAUGGCCGGAAAACGAACCAUUUUGGGGCAGGACCCCGCCAUUCUAUUGGCACUCAUAGCCAAUGUUCUUUCAUGGCUUGUGCGUACCCUCACACCGUCACUGCUUCCCCGACUGCUACCAAAAUGUGCGCAGGAAGAAGACGAUCCCGAACGUUCCGGCGGUCGUUUGCGAACCCAAUGUGUUUCUAUCGGUCGUCCUGGUGGCGUGGAACAGCUUCGUAUUGUAGCUUUGAAGCCGGGUAUUGUAACUUGUGGAUACAAUGUGGAGGGUCAAAAUAUUCCAUUUUCGGUGCCACUCGUUCAAGACGAAGAUAUCCCAAAAGACUGUGUCGUCCUUUGCAAUGAUUCGUUCUCUGUCAACUACGCUGAUUGCUGUAUCCGUUGGGGACUGUACGAAAGUGCGAAGCAAUACGUCGGCUAUCCUAUUGUACCAGGUUUCGAUGUAGCCGGAACAGUGGAAAAGAUUGGUCGGAAUGUCACAGAGUUUCAACCGGGGGACAAGGUCUUCGGCUGUAGUCUUUUUGGUGCAUACAGUUCAAAGGUACUUGUUCCGGAAAUUCAGUUACGAAAAGUUGUCAAUGGAAUGUCGUUUUCGGAGGCCGCUUCCCUUCCAGCUGUUUCCCUGACUGCACUUUACGCCCUACAUUUGGCUGGCCAUUUUCCCAAUUCCAGUGGCUUACGCAAUAAAGCCAUUCUAAUCCACUCUGCCGCUGGAGGGGUUGGAUCCAUGUUGGUCCAGAUGUCCAAGUUACUCGGCUUGUCACCAGUUGUUGGUGUUGUCGGACAGUCAUCGAAAGUAGACGAGGCCAAAAGGCUUGGUUGCGACUAUGUGAUUGAUAAGGGCUCUCAAAAUUUGUGGUCGGAAGCCGAAAAAGUAUCACCGGCCGGAUAUUCUACUAUUAUGGAUUCCAAUGGUGUAUCGACUCUGUCACAAUCUUACGCUCAUUUAGCAAUGACUGGCCGACUGAUCGUGUUUGGAUUUCACACCAAUCUCCCCAUGGGAAAGGAUGCCCUCUCACCGCUUGAAUGGCUUCGUAUGGCUCGGAAAAUGAGAGUCAUGCCUACGUUUGAUCCUAUGGAGAUGGGAGCAAGUAACAGAUCCGUGCUCGCAUUCAAUCUGUCGUUCUUUGCAGAUGAGGAUGCGAUGGUGUCAGAAUUGUUCGACCAAGUCUGGAAGUGGUUGGAUGAAGGUGCACUGAAGUGCCCUCGCGUUGUCGUCAUGGCAAUGACCCAAGUAGAUGAAGCACAUGAUCUCAUUCAGAGCGGGGCUAGUAUUGGCAAGAUCGUUUUGAAGACAUCCUAA